UAGCGUGGCUCAGCGUGUAGCUGUGAUGAUGGAGUCCUGUGGUGUGUAAUCCACCGUCUAUCGCGCGUUCGUUAUGCAGCAAAAGUCAACUCCUUUCUGCAUUACUUUGUCUUUAAUGCAGUUACAAUAACACUGCUGAGAGCUUUCGGUGGCCCCUGUAAUAUUUAGGCCCGGGAUUGGGCGGGCAAGCAAUGGAUUAAAUAAACAUGGAUUUGUGUCUGCACGCUUCCCAGACGUCUCUGUGCACGUGUGUGGGAAGCUGCAUCCUGGUUGUGGAUGGAGAUGCAGACCGCAGCUCUCCAGACAAAAUCAAUGAGCUGUGAUGAGGCAGCCGGGGGCAUAAGAGAGUCAGGUGUGUGUUUUAGUGAGAGGCGGCCACUGUGCGAAACCAGAGAGCAACAUAGGAUCCCGCAAAACCUUAAGGGCCUGGCCGAGGUGGGGCUCAUUUUUUAUUGAGGGAGGGGGGGGAUAACAGAUGCUGUAGACUAGAGAGCCAAUCUGUCAUUGUGAGUGUGACGGAAGAAAAGAGCAGAGACCACGUGGGAGACGGUGGGGGCAAUACCAGCCGAGACGAAUCAGUAAAAAGAGGUUGUUGUCAUGGCGAUGAGUUGAAGCGAGGUUGCUGUUAUGAGCCGGUGAGAGGAUCAGCGGGUGCACUUCAGUCUGCGGCCGUGAACCGAUCCAUCCUUUUCCAGCCUUCCCCUGGAGCCUGCUUUGAAACCACUACGUCACCGUUCAGGAACCAUGGCCAACAGCACCGGCGCCAUACACCCGAGUAACCUCCCGUGGCACCCGGACGCCGCGCUCGUCCCCCGGGUCGCCCUGCAGGUCCAGGAGGUCUACCCCUUCCACGACGGCUGGAACGUGGCCUGCUUCGUCAUCCUGCUGCUCUUCAUCCUCACCGUGGUGUCUCUGGCCGCGCUGGCUGUGCUCUACGAGCUGCUGGACUGCGGGUGCUGCGCCAAAGGGAAAACACACCACGAGCUGCAGGAGGAGGCGCCGGGCGGCUGCAGCCAGCUCAUGACCAGCAUGUGCAAGGAGCCGGAUUCCCGCACAGAGGUGGUGUAGGGGGAAGUGGGGAGGGGGGUGGGGGGGGUGGAAGAGGAACGCCACAGCGCGGACCCCGGAUGCCCUGAGGAAAAGGACUUUGGAUAAAAGUGAACAAAUGGUUCAGUUGUGGUAAAGAGUUCAGAGGGUGAGGAGGUCACAGAACUAUGUAACAGAAAAGAAAGGGGCAUCAGUUGGCCUCUAAUUCGGGGAGAGUCUUAAUUAGCCGUUUUAUUUUGGUCAGGAAGGAAUCUUUAGACAUCUACACUCACUGCCACGCGGACCCUGAAAGCCACACUUUUUACACCAGAAACAGAGGAUUCAUGUAAAAAUAGGGUGGCGUGUUCGUAUGACCUGAUAUCUGCUGAGAGAAGAGUGUUCUUGUACUAUGACAUGCGAGUCCUGUGUGUGCUGAUCCACUGAUCCGGCUGCUAAUGCGCUUCUGAGGAAUAUGGCAAAUUAUUGUUUAUGGUUAGAAAAAGCGCUGCGUAAGUGAAAGACAUCCCAGUUUCCCACCGGGACAAAACUAAAGAUCAAGCGCACUUUGAUCAAAUCCCGCGGUUCUGUUCUCUGGUUAAUUGUACACCACUGUUGUCAACACGUUUAGCUUUGCAAAAUUAGCUCAUAACACUUGGUUGCUGCACAGUGAUGUAAAUUCAUCAUGCCGUCUUGAGCAUAAUGUAUGAUUCUAAAAAGGCCUAAUAAAUUGCCACUGAAAUAUG